UCACCGCUGCCAGUCGUUCGGGUAAGAGAUCACACUGAAACACAUUGUUGCUCGAUGUGAUCGUUUAGUUUCACAGUGUGUUUCUGUGUGAGUGUGUGUGUCACUGUGUGUGUGCGUGUGCAGUUGGUUUGCAUAGAUCUAAUGUGAACAUACGUUGUGUAUUUCAAGUUUCAUUUCUCACACUGAGGAAUGGCGACCAACAAGGCAUCCAUCACCAACCGUCUGGAGUGGUGGUAGCACCAGGAUAUAUGCCCUCUUGUAUGUCGGCACGACAGAGGAGACCAAUCCAACAGACACUCAGUGGAUUCGACAUUGCAAUUGUAUCACUCGCUCAAUUGGUCAACUUACAGACUGGAAUCAGAGUGCUCAGUCUGCCACAGCCAACGGAUAUACCGAGACCUGGAACUGCGGUUUUCAUUGUUGGUUAUGGGAGGGAUGAUCACGACCGUGAUCCACAACGUAAAAAUGGUGGAAUUUUAAAGAAAGGUCGAGCGACUAUAAUGGAAUGCCGACACGCGACCAGUGGCGAUCCUAUUUGUGUGAAAUCAGGUCAGAAUUUCGGACAGUUACCCGCUCCAGGUGACAGUGGUGGACCUCUCCUUCCAUCCCCUCAAGGUCCAGUACUCGGUGUCGUAUCACAUGGUGUCACACUGCCAAGCCUUCCCGAUAUCAUUGUCGAGUAUGCCAGUGUGGCUAGAAUGUUGGACUUUGUACGCUCCAAUAUUUGAACAAUGCUUCAACAAUGUUUGAACAAUUCUCCGACCAACUCUUAUCAUUCCUUCAUGUGUGUACAUAAUCUAUCGA